AAGUGUUACCAAAAUAAAAAGAGAAAAAUGGCACACACAAAAACAACAUUUAAACAGCCAUACCCUAUCCUGGGGAUUCAAUAUCUCAUUUUCAAAAAAAAGGAAUAAUAAUUAUGAUGAAAAUAAGACUCUGGUACCUACAUGCUGUACAGAUUUGCACGUUGGUUAAAUCCAUAUCAUACAAAAAGGCACGUUAAGCGAAAAUAUGUACAUUAAUAUUCCCACUAAAUAUCAUGAGAGCUUGUUCUCUCACCAUUUUUUUUUCAUAAAGUUCUCUGCCAUGGUUUACUUUUCUUGUUUAAAGAGAGAAAAUGCAGCGAAAGAGAUUCAACAACUUCCCUUGAAAUAGGACAAUGAUCCUUAACUUUUGAAAAGCCACCUGUGCCACCUGCUGGGUGAUUAGAAGAUGUUCAUUACAGCAGUCCACAUUUACUGGCAUGUUAGGGCUAGGCAAUAAACUGAGUUUCUUUUGCUACUGACAUGAUUAUCUGAUCAAAACAAGUUUAGUCACAUCAUAAUACUGAAUCCCAUAUAAUAAAACUGAGAACAGCUACAACAACCAAUGAAAUGUAACCGAAAUCGAUCAGCCUAUCAAUCAAUUAAAAUAAGUGGUCAUACAGUAUUAAUUAGGGCAAACAAAUCAGAAGUCAUGCAGCAUGAGAAAUGAAAUAGGAUGCACUGAUAAUUUAAAAAGUACAUAUAGUUAUAUUUAUUGUUAUUGUACUAAUUGUGACAAUGUAUCACUUAGAUCAUAUUGUCCAGUCCUGCUGUAGUACAUUAUUAGUGCAAUGCUGUAAUCUAUCAUAAUAAUUCAAAACAUGUUUUUAUGUACAUGCAUAUUCAUUUGAGAUGAAUAACGAAUUACCAGAAACAAUUUUUGCUGAGAGGUUUCUGGAAGCUGCACCUUCAGCCUGCAUACAUGGCAGUCUAAAAAUAAAACUACAUUUCCCCAUCAGCCGGGACAUAUGUAUUUAUUUAUUUUAUUUUAUUUAUUUUUUGAGUAAUCCUCCACCAAAGUGUCCCUGUGAUGUCAUUGCUAUGGGACAACCAGCCAGGAAGAAACACAAUCUUCCCGAUGUACCAAACGUGGACUUCCUGGCUGCUGGUGUGUAUGAUGAUCUGGAGCAGGUGUGAUGUGACUCCACUGACUGUUGCACUGUCACUUUGGAUAUAAAUAGCUUUACUGAAAGCUACGCAGGGACAGAAGGAGUCCCAUCACAACAGAGGGGGAGGGAUCACUCUGCCUGUGUGUACAUAAAGCAUACUGAUUGCGGACAGUCUCCAUAAGAGCGCAGACACACUAAGCCUACAGAUAGACAGUACAAAGGAGCCACUGGGUGCAGACAGCUUAGUUUAUACAGUUAUACAGGAAGAAGAAGCCAUUGCCUUUUGGACAUAGACACAAGCUGCACUUUUAGGACAUGGGCACGCAUGGAUCCAAGCUUCAGAAACAAGCACAGGUCCUGAUGCUGGGUCUGGACGGCUCAGGAAAGACUACCCUACUCUACAAACUGAAGUACAACGAGAGCGUAGUGACCGUGCCAACUGUGGGCUUCAAUGUGGAGACACUGGAGACAGACAGGAGCAGCCCGAGCCUGACAGUGUGGGACGUGGGGGGCCAGAGGAAGAUGAGGCCCCAUUGGAGGCAUCAUUAUACUGAUACAGCCGGACUGGUUUUUGUGGUGGACAGCUGGGAUGAAAAGCGGCUGGACGAGGCCCGCAAGGAACUUCAUAGGGUCCUGAGGUACGAGAGUCUCAGAGGAGUUCCUCUCGUGGUCCUGGCCAACAAACAGGACCUUCAGGGAGCUCUAAGCCCCGAAGUGCUUUGCCUGAAACUGGACUUGAGAAGAGUGUGUGAGGGCAGGGCCUGGUUCAUCCAGCCCUGUUCAGCCACCACCGGCAUGGGACUUGAGGAAGGUUUCAGGAGGAUAGUCUAUCUGAUGAAGACUCCACUGAAACAGACUCAGGAGGACAUUAAGGUUAAGAUGAGAGCCAAGGGCUUCAGUAUCACAGCUGUGAAACAAGUCUUGCUCUGCAGCAGAUGAUGGAUGAAUUGUUUUUUUUUUUGAAGAUUCAUUCAUACAAUGUGUAGGAUUCUUUCUCGCCUGCCUGCAAAUGGCCUCACUGUGGGAAGAUCAAAUGAGAGCAAAAGGGAUGACAUGAUCACAGUUUUAAGUGUUAAUCUCUGUGGCAAAAAGAAUGUUUACUCGAUCCUGGUAUCUUUGGACCAUGGUGAUCUGUGAGUAAUCUUGGAUUAUGAGGAUAAUUAUGAGAAAACAGCUGGUCACACGCUGAUAUGAGCUGUUUUCAAAACACAUGCAGUCUGACAAUGUACAUACUGUCCAUGGAAAACUGAGUGAUACAAACCUGUGUUUGUUUGGUCAAGUUUCUGUGGCUCAGAGAAAUGUUGUUUUCCAAUUGUGCUUUAUCCAUUUUUCUUUAUUUGUUAUGUAUUUAUUUGUAUUCCUUGGCAUACAAUAUCAAGACUUCUUGUUAUAUACUUACUAUUUCAUGCAAGCUUUAUUUAUGUAUUUGGAAUGACACUGCCAGUGUUGUCUCACAAUAUGUUGAAUUGUAAAGAUUUCCUUCAGCAACACAAACAUGACUAAAACAUAAUUGAUGUAAAGUAUACAUGCUGUUACAUUAAACACAUUAAAACAAUAACACAACUGUCAAA